GACCAUAAGAUCACCGUUGGUGCUGACGGGUUGCUUGCUUACAACCCACCCAAUAUCACCGCAGCUAUCGGCGACACCGUUACGUUCGAAUUUCACCCAAAGAACCACACCGUUACCCAAUCCUCUUUCUCCGACCCGUGUCACGCUGUCGUUAAAUCAGAUGGAAGCUCUGGUUUCAAAUCUGGCUUCGUGCCCGUGGGCGCAAACGCUACAUCGUUCCCAACGUUCCAGAUUAAGAUUAACGACACUGCACCUAUUUGGGGGUACUGCGGACAGACUGGUCAUUGUCAGCAAGGAAUGGUUUUCGCCAUCAACGCUGUGGAGUCUUCUGCCAAUAAUUUCGAGGCUUUC